AUGGCGAGUACCAGUAAUUCGAGGAAGAGAAAUCUUACAGGAAAAUUACUUGAACAGUGGUUAGAAGAAGAUAAUGAGCACGAGUUUAGUGAUGUUUACGACGAACUAGCUGACCAAAAUUUUACAAUUGAAGAAGAAGAACAUGUUGAGAGUGAGAUUUCAGAAGUCGAAGAAAUAGAAAUUGAAACUUCGAGUGAAGGGACAAAUCGUUCUACUAAUACGCCUGACUCAAACCGCAAUUGUUAUCGAGGUAAAAAUGGUUUUGUUUGGUCAGUUACUGACCUUUUAAGGACAUCGCGAACACUAGCUCGUAACAUUGUGUCUUUACCUAGACAAAACCCUGAUCAUACGAGAUUUCCCGGUUACGAAGCACUCUGGCUGAAGCUUUUUGAUGACAAUAUGAUAGAAACAAUAGUUUCCUGUACAAAUAAAAAACUUGAAGUUUACCGCCGCCAGUUCUCUAAUUAUUCGAAACACGAGCUGAGAGAUACAAGUGCUGUAGAAAUUCGAUCUUUACUUGGAUUAUUAUACUAUUCCUCAGUAUUUAAAUGUAACGAUGUUGAUUCAAACUAUUUGUUUGCGACUGAUGCAACAGGUCAUGAAAUACUUAGAUGUGUCUUGUCUAAAUAUAGAUUCAACACACUUGAAUUGCUUGAGGCUGGACAAUAUUGA